AUGGAGAAUCAUGGAAAUAAUCUCAGCAGACUUUCAGAAGAUGCAAAAUUGUCCAGGAAUAGCUCUUUUUCAAGACAUGGAACCAAGUCGGACACAAAUGUCGAACUGCCAACAUGUCUAUCAAAAAGAGGUGAUUUACCACCCAUUCAGAAAAACGAAAGACGGUUAUCGACGCAUUCUGAAAAGAAGUCAGUUACAUUUUCAGUCUGUGGUGGCGAGAAAAGCAAUCGUAUUCUAAAUGCUUCAGACUGCUUUGAUUAUAUGCGUAAAGGCAGUGAAAUGAUAAAAUUACACACAAGUGGACGUCAAUAUAAACGAAUAUUUUAUUUAAAUGAACAAAUGAAUUGUAUAAAAUGGUCAUCUUCUUCAUCGAAUAAACGUCAAUCGAAUUCACAAAUUGAUAUUGAAGAAAUUCAUGAAGUUCAACUGGGCUGUUCAUCAAGAACAACACAUUCACUUGGUCGAAAACGUCCACUUAGUUUAACACCAACAUUAUCAUAUAGUUUUUUAUCCUCGACAGGAUCAGGUAGUCUGAUUCAAACAGCUUCACGUAAUUAUUCAAAUAAUAAUUCAAAUUCAUCAUUAACAAUUGGUUCAAUGUCACCACAAUUACAAAGUUCAACAUCAUUAAAUUCUGCUAUACUGAAUCUUAGUUCUAGUGCAUUUACAAUAUGUUAUGGUGCAGAUUUUACUGUGCUAGAGAUAUUAGCUUCAGGUCCAGAAGAAGCAAAUAUUUGGGUAACCGGGCUAAAAUGUCUUAUGGCUGGUGCACAAGAUCCUCAAGUCUUAGAAGAUAGACAAAAACCACGUGACAGAUGGUUGCAAUUGAUGUUUCAUGAAGCCGAUUCAACUAAACAAGGAUAUUUAAGUGAAUUUGAAGUAAUUCGUUUGAUCAGAACAAUAAAUCCAAGUCUUUCGUCAACACAUCUUAGGCAUAAAUUAAAAGAAUUAGAAAGUAAACUGAAAGAUCACAAAGGUCGGAUAACAAAAGAUGAUUUUGUAAAUUUUUUUAAGAAAGUUGCAACAAGACAAGAAAUUUAUUACAUUCUUGUUAGAUAUUCCAGUGGAGCGGAACAUUUAAGCGCUGAAGAUUUAAAGAAUUUUUUCGAAAGUGAACAAGGUAGAACUGGUUUAACUCUCGAACAGUGUAUAUCAAUCAUCAACCGUUUUGAACCUUCUCAAGAAAAUCGUCAAUACAAUCUGAUGGGUAUAGAUGGUUUCACUUCAUUGCUGUUAUCUGAAGAAUGUGAUAUAUUCAAUCCUGUACACUUACAAGUAUGCCAAGAUAUGUCUCAGCCAAUAACACAUUAUUACAUUGCAUCAUCGCAUAAAACAUUUCUCCUUGAAGAUCAACUUACAGGUCCUUGUAGUAUUGAAGGUUAUCAAAGAGCACUUCUUUCAGGUUGUAGAUAUAUUGAACUUGAAGUCUACGACGGUCAUGAUGGUCAUCCAGUUGUCAGACGUGUAAACUCACGACCUCCUGGUAUUCCAAUACAAGCUGUAUUAAAUACAAUACAUGAUUUUGCAUUCAUUCGUUCAGA